AUGUCCACAGCCAGAUUGCAUUUAGCUAAAAUGAAGAAGACACAGGAUCCACAUAAUACACCCGAAAUUAAUGCUGCUAAUCAGGUUUCACAUGAGUCCCUAAAUGAACCAAAGAAUGCUGAAGAGAUUCCUGUGCCAGAUUCAGGUUCAGUUUCAGCAUCAACCGUUGAUAACAGAAAAGUUUCACGAGAGGAUAUUGAACUUGUCCAGAAUUUGAUCGAACGAUGCCUAAUGUUAUACAUGAAUAGAGAUGAGGUGGUAAAGACCCUACUGAAUCGUGCCAGGAUAGAUCCCGGGUUCUCAACAUUAGUGUGGCACAAAUUAGAAGAAGAAAAUGCUGACUUUUUCCGGGGCUACUACAUAAGGCUUAAAUUGAAGAAACAAAUUCUCUUAUUCAAUCACUUGCUUGAGCAUCAGCAUAAUCUAAUGAAGUAUCCAGUGCCUAUGAAGGUUCCUUUGGCUCCUAUGCAGAAUGGAAUUCAUCCAAUGCCAGUCAACAACUUACCUAUGGGAUACCCCGUUGUGCACCAGCCUCCAGUUCCAGCUACAGGGCAACCUCUUGUUGAUUCUAUAGGUUAUUCCACAAAUAGCUGUCAUGUAGUAAAUGGAGUUCCUGCACCUGGCACAGGCAGUUUCCAUCCAAUGCGGAUGAAUUCUGGAAAUGAUAUGAUGAUUGACACCAACGGAACUGAUGUGCUUGCAAUGACAACAAACAAUGCAAUGCUAUCCAUAUCAGAUAUGCCUGUAAGCCCAACAUCAGUGGCUUCGAGUGGCCAUUUCCCAUUCAGUGCAUCGGAGAUAUUCAGCAUGGAAAUAGAAACAUCAGCACUUGAUAUGACAUUUACGUCUGAUGUAGCUAGUUCAGUGGGACUGCAGCUUCCAGCAGAUAAUGGUAGCGGGAAUGCUAGAGAUUCCCUCCGUUCGUGGGCUCAAAUACCUUGGAAUUUCAGCCUUUCGGACUUAACAGCAGACCUAUCAAACUUGGGAGAACUAGGAGCUCUUGGAAACUGUUCUGAUUCCCACUUUCUGCAUUCGGAUUCGGAUAUUCUUCUUGAUUCUCCAGAGCAAGAGGAUAUAGUGGAUGAGUUCUUCGUUGAUUCUGUUCCUGGAUCAUCAUCUCCACCAUUGAAUGAAGAGAACUCCAAGCUUAAGAUGGCUAUUUUAUCUGGUUUCGAUGUUGCUUGUGCAAGAAUCCCCUUCGCUCCUGCACAACAAUCACUUGCUGGUUGUGCAGAUUGGUUGUCGAUGUAUGAUACACACGAGGCCAGUUUUGCAGUGACAGUCGAGCAUGGUAGUGCAGCGGCCGUGGCUUGCCUUAACACUAACAGUACAACGAUGGAUAGAAUUCCGAGUCGAGCCAUGUUUGCUCUUUCAAGAAAGAUAAGAGCAAAUAUUCAAAGGAUUUUCAGUUGUAACACUACUUUUGCUUUUGCAGAGGAUAUAUAUAUAUAG